AUGGAAGAUCCCGUCACUCAAUGUAUACGGGGAAUCACAUGCCCUCGGCCAAUAUCGAUGAUCACCCAAAUUUGUGUAACUCGUUGUAGGACCUGGAGUAAAAUGACAACUCGUCCGACUUCUUCGAAACCCAUGAACAACGUUUCGCGCUUCAAAUCCAAGAUCAUGGGUGAUCGCUUCGCGUCGUACAGUCUUGCACUGUGUUUGAUUUGUGUUGCGCAGGGAUACAAUAAACGACCGGGAAGUUCCGUUUGCAAAGGGCGGCAGUGGCGUUUCCAAAAAAACUCACUUGGCACAGUCAAAUCUAUUCACAAAACGACAUAUUACAAAGCGUACUCGUCAUGA